CGUUGCUCAUACGCAAGCAUACAAAAAGCGUUCAGUUCCAAAAGCUUCUGCUAUUUUGCUGAUUCUGCAACCACAAUCAACUCUUCAAAGAUGAGAUUCAUUCUUAUUAUUUUGCUGCUCAUCAAUCUACUAGAAGCCCAGAAAAGGCCACAGCUUGUUCGAUGUGAAUUACCUUGCGUGAAAAAGUGUAAAUCGAUAACUGAGCAGGCCCGCCCUAUCUGCAUCAAGCAUAAAGGAAAGGAAGAAUGUAAAUGCCUCGUAAACAAUUUGUAGAAGGUUCUUCAAUGAUGCAUUAAAUAAAGGAUUUUCACAUA